AAUUCUUAACGCCUGAUUUCAGAUGUGCCCGCUUUCUCGCUCACAAGGUACGUUUUUUCAGCUCUGUAACGCUUCCGUAAUAUUACAGCACCUUUGCCUCUCUCUCUCUCUCUCUCUCUCUCUCUCUACUCAUUCCAAUUUCCAGCUCUGUAAACCUCCUCUUGCAAAUGGCACAAGUUGGUUAAUCACAUAAUUUGGAUUCUCCUCCAUUUACCCAUUCUUUUCCUUUAUAGCCGUAGUCAGGAAAAAGCAAGAAAGAUCGUACCUUGCCCACUUCCGCUGCUUAGAUUCUUCAGAAUCUGUGCUCUCUCUCUCUCUCUCUCUCUCUCUGCUUACUGCUUCUUUCAUUGGGUUUUCAUUUUGUUUACGUGGGUUUUCUGCAGAGCGAAGUUCUGAAUCCACCUCCCUUUUAUCAACUUGAACUCUUCAAAUUUCUCAAAGGCCUCUCUUUUUCCCGUUAAAUAUAAUCUGGGUUUUGUUCUUUUAUGCUGUUUUAGUACUCUUAGAUCUGCUAGGGCGUUCUGGGCGUGGUCUUUAAGGAGCGAGAUUUGCUUUUCCUUUCCUAUUAAUUGUUGAAUUUUCCCUGGACUUUGGAGAGGUGACUCUUUUCUGGAUUCCUUGGGUCCUUAUUGCGCGAAAGAGGGUAUUCAUAUUCCCUGCAAAUGCUUCUCUAUUUAAUCCUUCCUCUGUCUUGAAUUGCCCAUCUUCUCUGAUUUUCUUUUCCGGUUUUCUUUUUUCUUCUUUUACGAAUUGCAGGGUAGUUGUAACUUGUAAUUCUUUGGUUCGCUACCAAUGUCAAAUUAUUCACUGUAAUUACUUGCUAAAAAUGAAUCGUGGAAUUGAAAUUCUCUCACCGGUCUCGUAUUUUUGGAAUUCAAACUGGUUUUUUGAGGAGAGCAAGGGCGCAGUUUGGACCCCGGAAGAGAACAAAAGAUUUGAGAAUGCGCUUGCCUUGUAUGAUAAAGAAACCCCGGAUCGAUGGCUGAACAUAGCAGCCAUGAUCCCAGGCAAGACUGUGGGUGAUGUGAUCAAACAAUACAGGGAAUUGGAAGAAGAUGUUAGUGACAUAGAAGCAGGUCUUAUCCCAAUUCCCAGUUACAGAAGCAGUUCUUUCACUUUGGAGUGGUCGAACAAUCGAGGCUUUGAUGGGUUGAGGCAAUUUCACAGUCCUGGAGGGAAGCGGGGUUCUUGGAAGUCCCCUGAUCAGGAGAGGAAGAAAGGGGUGCCAUGGACAGAAGAAGAGCAUAGGCUGUUUCUGAUGGGUCUCAAAAAGUAUGGAAAGGGGGACUGGAGAAACAUCUCUCGCAAUUUCGUGACUACGAGGACACCAACUCAGGUGGCUAGUCAUGCUCAGAAGUACUUUAUCAGACAGCUUUCAGGAGGGAAGGAUAAGAGAAGAUCCAGCAUCCAUGAUAUCACUACUGUCUCUCUCGCAGAAACUAAUUCUCCUUCACCAGACAAUAGGAGACUUCCAUCGCCAGAAAACUGUACUGUAGUUGCGCAGCAGCAUGCAAAUAUAGCUAGCAAUGCCCUAUUUAAUCAAAAGCAAGCAAAUGAAGGAGCAUCCAUGGUUUUCAAUACAGCUAAUGUUAGCGCAUUCAUCACACCUUCUUGUGGGGUUUCUUCAUAUGGGGUCAAGCUUGAGGAACUUAAUCUGCAUGGAGGCGCUCUUCAAGGGUCUCACUUUGGGCCUUACAAUGCAAUUUUUCAUAUGCGGUCCACACCACAUGAGUGACUUCCUGGAUGAAUUUACAGGGCUUCAAACUCCACCAUAAUUGGUUAGAAAGAGAUGGCUGGUUAUGCUCUUAAAAUUCAGGUUCUCAACUGUGAAACCAACGGAAGCUUAUUUUACCAAAAUUUAUUCUGUACCUCACUUAAGAUGAUGUCUUAUGUUUUAAGGGAAUUUGAAGGUAGUUAGAAGGCAUUCAUAGAUGAGAAUAAGUCUACAAUUUGAGCUCAGCAUUUGGGAAUAAAAAUGCUUUAGAUGGUGGGCUGUCUUAUUACAGGGAUUUAUUGUCAUUAAAUAAAUUAGCAGUUUCCCUGUUGACAUACGGCCAAAACACGGGCAUAAGUGGAAUAAUUGUGUUGAAGGACAAGUUCAAAGGUUUAGAAUGUUUAAGCCAGGAAUGGUUUAUUCUAAGUUUGUUAAUAAUAUUGUCAAGAAUCAUUGAAGCAA